AUGUCGCCGCGCUUGGAACUGUGUCUUUUGGGCCUGCUUGGCCUGGUAAUCCUCUCGGAAUCCGCCUUUAUAAGCCCCCACAUUGUGGGUGGCGAUCAGGCAGACAUCUCGGACUAUCCGUACCAGGUCUCGGUUCGCCUGGAGACCUACAUGCUGCUCCACAUCUGCGGAGGAAGUAUCUACGCCCCCAAGAUAGUGAUCACUGCGGCCCACUGCAUCAAGGGACGCUAUGCCUCCUAUAUCCGAAUUGUGGCUGGCCAGAAUUCGAUCGCCGAUCUGGAGGAGCAGGGAGUGAAGGUCAGCAAGCUGAUCCCCCAUGCCGGCUACAACAAGAAGACGUAUGUGAAUGACAUCGGUCUGAUCAUCACCCGUGAAGCCUUGGAGUACUCCGCCCUGGUGCAGCCCAUUGCCGUGGCCCUGGAGGCUCCUCCUUCGGGAGCCCACGCCGUCGUGAGUGGAUGGGGCAAGCGGACGGAGGAGGAUGAGGCCCUGCCCGCCCUGCUCCGAGCUGUUGAACUGGAGAUCGUGGAGCAGAACACCUGUGGAGCUCAGUAUCUGACCAAGGAGUACACUAUAACGAACGAGAUGCUAUGCGCCGGAUACCUGGAGGGCGGCAAGGACACCUGCAACGGCGAUUCCGGCGGCCCCCUGGCUGUAGACGGCGUCCUGGUGGGAAUCGUGUCCUGGGGCGUGGGAUGCGGCCGGGAGGGAUUCCCUGGGGUCUACACCAGUGUCAACUCGCACACCGCUUGGAUCGAGGAGCAGGCGGAGCCCUAUCUGGAGAUAUAGAGAUUGAAGAAUUGAUAAGCUAAAAGCGAACAAAUGAACCGAACAAAAUAUUAAUUUAAAACCUUAAUAAAUAAUAAU